AUGGACGACCUCAACGGGCUGAGUUGGUCCAACUCAAAUGCCCCCGCCAAACCCCCACCGAUGUCAUCUAGUACUCUGUUUCCCAAUGUGCAGUCCAGCGGGAACUCUGGUCGAUCUACUCCUUUAUCUGCGACCUCAAUGCGAUCAAUUUCCCCCGCUAAACCCGCCGCUCCAGUCGCAGAUAGCUUCGCGAACCUCGUAUCCUUCAACUCGUCUGCCUCCAACAAGAACCUUUCAUUAAUAGAGCAGCAAAAGAAAUUACAAGAAGAGAAGGCGAAGAAGGAUGCUGCGGAUCAGAAGCGCCUAGAUGCGCAGUUUGGAGCGCAGAAUUCGCAGUUCUGGGACAACCUCGAGGCAGGCCGCACGCCGAGCCCUGCCGUUGGAUCUUCAAUACAACCAACCGACGAUGAUGACUUGCUGGCUGCUUUUAGUGCCUCGGCGCCUGUCGACGCGUCUACGAAUUUUCCGAUUCCAACCUCUACCUCGUCUCCUCGGCCUCACACAAAUAUCUCAAUGCUGAAUAGCGGAGGAGGAAUGGCAAUGCAUGAUAAUUCGGGCGGGUUGGAUUCCUUUGAAGACGAUGAUCCCUUUGGGUUGAACCAAUUGAGGUCGAAACAAGCACCUGCGCCGGCCGCUACCCAAGAUGACGACGAUGACUUCCUCGGUUUGCUUGGAAAGCCGGUGUCCGAGAUCCCGCCCCAGCGAAGGACGCCAGAACCGCGAACCACUUCUCGGGGUUUAGAAGAACGUGACCCGUCUCCUUUGCCUUCUAGCGACGCCGAUCGGGCGAUUGCUGAAUUAGUUGACAUGGGCUUCCCAGCGGAUAGAUCUCGCGAGGCUUUGAAAAAUACUUCAUCAGGCACCGAUGUUCAAGCUGCGGUGAGUUGGCUGCUCACGCAAGCGCAUGCUGAAUCCCAUAAGAAGGUGCAAGGAAGAUCGACUGCAAAUGGCCGCUCUGGCAACCAAGAGGGGCGAAGUCAGAACCGGAGUCGCCAUGGUCCUUCUUGGUUAGAAGACCAGACCCCCCGCGUGCGCGAGGACAGCAGAAGUCCAGCUCCUGGGGAGAAAGACGCAGCUCAGAUCGCGUCUCAAUUCGGAAACAACUUGCUGAAAACAGCAAACUCCUGGUGGAAAACCGGAAGUAAGAAAGUUCAGCAAGCUGUAAAUGAAUUCAAUACAGAGCAUGACCCUAGCCAACCGAAAUGGAUGCGAGAUGCAUCCGAAUCUCGUGAGGAGUCACUUCCACCACGACAGCCUCCCCGGCGCGCCGAAGGAACAGGUCAGCCGCAGGAGCAGAAGGCUAGCGAUUUUACAGAUGAGGCUAUUCUGUUGGAGGCUGGGAACCCGCGCCCUCGCAAGCCACUUCGCCCCUUUAAACCCUCUCCAGAUGGUAAUGAUCUCCGCCACCAGCCAUCUCCAGUCAGCCAACAACAACAACAACAACAACAACCAAAUUUCCUCCAACAUCCCUCGCGACAACCCGUGUCUGAGCCCAGGUCUCGCGCGUCACGUUUCGCAGCAGAGGAGCAGCCCGCACAAGCCUACCAGAAGCCAACGUGGAUCUUUUCGAUUCUCCUGCGCCUUCAUCAAACCGCUCGCACCCUACACCUCCUGCUCAAUCCGCACGGCCCAAACCUAGCCCUGCCUCUAUCCCUGUCCGACCCAAAGCACCGCCCCGCUCUAUCCCACCCGUAUCUGCGGAAGCUUUGCAAUCUUACACACCGACAUCGCGAGAAAGCAGCAGAGGCAUAUAAGCGGGGCGACUAUGCGGCUGCACACCAGAGCUUCUCGACGGCACUCAGCAUGUUGCCAGAGAAACACCCAAUCACGGUGAUGAUCCGCAGCAAUCGCGCCAUGACGGGUCUUAGGAUCGGCGAGCCUAAAGCUGCAAUUGAAGACGCCGACACCAUCCUCGAUGUGAUCGGUCCGUCGCGCGGUGAAGGCGAGAUGAUCGACCUAGGAAACGGCGAGUCUGCCAAGCCAAUGAAAGACUUCUUCGGGAAAGCCCUCAUGCGCAAGGCGGAGGCCCUUGAGCAACUUGAGCGGUGGGCUGAUGCAGCGCAGGUCUGGAAAUCUGCUGUCGAGGCAGGACACGGUGGAAGCACCAGUAUCCAGGGUCGCAAUCGGUGUGAAAAAGCUGCAGGGAUCAGCAAACCCCCGUCCAAGCCUGUUGUUCCCGUCAAGAAGGCUGCGCCUGCGCCUAAGAAGGCCUCUGCUUUGUCUGAUCUCUCGGGCUCGGGCUCGGGACAAGAUUUUGAGGCUGUUAAUCGCUUGCGUGAGGCCAACAAAGCUGCAGAACGUGCUGACGAAGAGAAGUUCGCUCUGUCAGAGAGCGUGGAUGCACGAAUUGAAGCCUGGAAGGGCGGUAAGCAAGACAACUUGCGUGCACUUUUGGGUAGCUUGGAUACUGUUCUGUGGCCUGAGGCUGGCUGGAAGAAAAUCAGCUUGGCAGAGCUUGUUUUGCCGAAUAAAGUAAAGAUCCAGUACAUGAAGGGGAUUGCAAAGGUCCACCCGGAUAAAAUCCCUACCAAUGCCACGACUGAGCAGCGUAUGAUCUCCAGUGCUGUCUUCGGAACCCUGAACGAAGCCUGGGAUAAGUUCAGGGUCGAAAACAAUCUCUAA